CCUUGCCCAAACUGCUCCAGGCAGCUCUGUAUCUGCUUCCUUGCCUCUGCCCCCAGUUCAACAGCCUUCAAGCAGUUUGGUGUCCUCUGGAUCAGCCAUUUCGGGUGUUGCUAGUGGAUCAAUUUUGGAGACCCAGUAUGCUGCAAGUGGUUCUGGAUCCCUUGUUUCUAACCAAGGAGAGGGUAAUGGCUACGCUGAGCUUGGCAUUUCUGGCCCGUCUACCAGUGAUAGUUUGCAUGUGUCCAGCUCCCAGGCAACAUCUGUUCAUCAAUCAGCAGACGCCUCUUUGCCCGUGUUCUCUCAGGAGAGUGUCCCUUACAGUAGCUGGUCUAGCCAGGCUCAAGGCUCUGCCACUUCUCAGGACAGCUCUGGGGCUGUAUUGUCUGCAAGUUCUGUCCAGUCUAUCCCCACACAAGUAGGGAAUAACCGUUACAGUGGUGUGUCCCAGUCUCCCACUACCUCCAGUCUGUAUACCGCAGGAUCCCGUAUGUCUAACAAGCUUGAUGCUUUACCCCUGGGGGUUUCUAGCCAGUCAACAAGUGCUCAAAGUUCACCUAGUGUGUCUACAUCAAGCACUCAGACCAGGUAUGGUACUCCGUUAGCAACUUCUAGUCGUUAUGUCCCUGUACAGGGAGCUAGUAGCUCUAAUAGUUUUUCUCUCAAUCCUCCGGGUACUCUGGGUCAGUAUGCUCCUGGAUCCCCUACCAAAUAUGCAAGCGCUCGCAUGUCUUCACCCCAAGCUAGUAGUAGCGGGUCUUCCAAUAAAACCGUUUCACAAGUUGGUUCUCAGUCUCAAAUGGGAGCUACUGGUCAGUUUACAUCUCAGGGAGGGAGCUAUUAUAGUGGGUUGCUUCCACAGUCUCCAGCUACCUCUAGUCAAUCUGCUCUUGGCUACUCCAAGCUUAUUUCCUCACCCCAAAGGACUUCCAGUCAGUCUGCCAGUGUAUUGAGUUCCCAUAAGCAAUAUGCCUCUGCCUCCCAAGGCAGCUUUGGGGCUCAGUUUGGGGCCUCUACAGGUUUUGCCUCGCAGGGAAUGAGCAGCUCUUACAGUGGUUCUGUCCAGUCACAAGGUACCACAGGUUUAUAUUGCAAGUGUGCACUGUCAUCCCAAGGUGUAGAUAGUCAGUCUACUAUUCAGAGUUCACGUAAGCAGUUCACCUCUGGCUAUGGCACCCAGUCAGGGUCUAAAACCUUCACUCUGCAAGGAAGUAUCGCUUUUGAUGGGUCACCACAGCCUCAAGGCAGCUCUGGCACCCAGGCAGGGUCCUCUACUCCCUUCACUCUGCAGGGAAGCACUGCUUAUGGUGGAGCACCUCAAUCUCAAGAUUCCACAAGUCAGUUUGCCCGUGGACCUCAAUCCCCCUAUGCAAGUGUGUCCCUGUCCUCACCCCAAGGUGUUACUGGUCCUAGUACGGUUCAGAGUUCACGGAAGCAGUUUACUUCUGUAUUUAGAGGCAGCUCUGGGGCUCAAUUUGGAGCUUCUACUGGUUUUGCCCCAGAAAGCGUAAAUCGCCUUUACAGUGGUUCUGUCCAGUCUCAAGAUCCUGCAAGUCAAUUUGCCCCAGGAUCUAAAUCCUCCUAUGCAAGCGUAUCCCUGUUCUCCCCACAAGCUGGUCCAUCUACUACUGUUCAGGGUUCUCGGAAGCAGUUUACAUCUACCUUCACAGGCAGCUCUGGCUCCCAGGCAGGAUCCUCUACUCGCUUCAGCCUGCAGGGAAGCACUGCUUAUGGUGGAUCCCCUAAACCUCAAGAUGCCACUAGUCGGUUUGCCCCUGGUUCUCAGUCCUCCCAUGCAAGCGUGUCACUGUCUUCACCCCAAGCUGGUCCAUCUACUACGGUUCAGAGUUCUCGGAAUCCGCUUACCUCUACCUUCACAAGCGGCUCUGGCACCCAGGCUGGGUCAUCUACUCCCUUCCCUCUGCAGGGAAGCACCACUUAUGGUGGAUCACCACAGCCUCAAGAUACUGCUGGCACAUUUGCCCCUGGGUCUCUGUCCUCCUAUGCAAGUGUAUCCCUGUCCUCACCCCAAGCUGUUGCUGGUCCUAGUAUGGUUCACGGAAGCAGUUAACUUCUGUAUUUAGAGGCAGC